AUGGACUUUGAUGAGAGCUGUCGCCCUGGAAUACCAUCCGCUCCAAGAGCACUCAGAUUUGAGCUGAAAGAUGGAUACGAUUUCAAACAUAAAAGUGCUCUUCUUAGAUGGUGGCCCAGUCAAGUGUUCGACGAAAAUGGAAAUACCAGUCAAGAGCACUCCAUCAUUGGUUACAGGAUUUACGUCAAUGGCCUUCCCAAAGGCAUGGUCAAGGCUCAUAAAAAUCGCGCUCUUGUGGAAGGCAUGAGGAUUCAGAACGAGUACAAAAUUACCGUCGUUGCGAUCGGAAGUCUCGGAGACUCAAAUCACUCGAACGCUGCAAUUAUCUACGUCCCCAACACCGAAAUCCUGGCUUCAAGCUCUUCAAACAAAACUGAGGGGAAAAAAGAAGCAUCCAAAUCCGGAAAGAAGAAAACUAACGAUAAGGAAGGAGCUGGAAAUCCAGAAAAUCCAAAGAAUGACACGCUAAAUGAAGUGCUUGACAAGGCGCAAGAGGUACUUGAAAAAGUCGCGCAGUCGCAGGAGGCCGGAAAUGCGUCGCGCGAAAGUUCAGAAUCAAAUAGAGAUCCCGAUUUUGACUCGAAAGAAAACACAUUCCCUGGCGCGAACGAGACAGUUUCGACCACGUGCCCUGAGAAAUACAAGAUGAGUACGAAGGUUCAAGUAGAAAGCAUCGAAGACAUCAUCAAAAAAGCAAAGGAAAACUUCAAGGAUUCUCGUAGUGAGGAAAUACUGAAAACGUCGACAGAAGAUUUGAGACAAUCAUCAGAUCUGGACAAAGAAGACAAAAGCGGAGACGAAGAAGAUUAUUCAAAGCUGCUAAAGGACCUUGACGAGGAAGAUGAUGACGACAUCGUCGCCAAAGUCCUAAAACGCUACGGUCUCAAUAAACACGAUUUCGACUAUGCGCUGCCUUCGAAUACUGAGGAAGCGAAAAACGAAGAACCUCAAGUUUCAAGUUUUAGAAAUUAUAUGCCAGUACAUGAAAUAUCGCUUGACUGA